AUGCGGUUCAAAAGUGGCCGCACAUCUGUUGACAGUGAUCCUCGUUCUGGCCGACCUUCGAGGAGAACAUCGUCGGAUAAUGUCAAACGUCUGCGUGUCGCAGUUGAACAAGAUCGUCGUUUGACUAUGAAAGAACUAGAAGAUGAACUUGGAAUACCAAAAAGUACUGUUUGGAGAAUUUUAUCCGAGAAUUUGGGAAUGACUCGUGUCAUCACUGGUCCCGAUAUAGCUCCCUGCGACUUUUGUCUGUUUACUCGAUUGAAAGUGCCGCUUAAGGGACAUCGAUUCGACGAUAAAGAGACUGCAGAAACUAAUGCGACGAAUGCACUGAAGGCGAUUCCAGAGUCUGACUUUCAAGAGUGCUCUAAUAAGUGGAAACAUCGAUAUGAGCGUCUUGUUCAAUCAAAUGGGGACUAUUUUGAAGGAUGCCACCCCGCGGAUGACGAAGAACAAAUCAAGCGCCGUGAAAUCGAUGUAGGUCCGAUACUUUUGGAACAGCUCUCGUAUAUCUUGAUUCAAAUUAACAAACAACCAACAAUUUUCUGGGUGCAAGCGACAUAUUUGGAAUUAGGAUAA